AUGAGGCUUAAAGUUUUUAUUUUAGUUCAUGGAUGUGUCUAUAGAAUUCCAGCUCUAUCAUUGACAAAUUCACUUCAGCCAUUAAAAGAUAUUCGAACACUCAUCCUAGCAAAUUUAGAGUUAGGUGACAUCUCCGUUAUAGGAAACUUGCUGAGUCUGAGGACUCUUUGGUUUUAUGGUUGUCCAAUCAAUGAAUUACCAAGAAAAGUUUUGAAACUAAAGAAGUUGGGAUCUUUGGAGGUAGAAGAAUGUAAAAUUACAAAGAACAAUCCUUUCAAUGUGAUUGAGAGUUGCUCAAAACUAGAAGAAUUAACUUUUGUUCAUAAUGAGUGUGACAAUGAAGAGAAAGAUGCAAUUUCUCAAAAUAGACUUGCUCUUACAUUACAUAGAUAUUGCAUAUCUUCUGAGAAUCUUUCAAGUUAUUUUGAAAAGUAUGGUGCCAUGUCAAGAUGCUUUCAAAUAGAUAAUGAAUCAAGUCAUCUAGUUUUAGAUGCAACAUUUAAGCAACUUAUUAGAAGAGCUGAACUUCUUAUCUUGGAAGGAGAUGAUGUGCAAAGAAUAUGGAAGAAUCUUAUCCCUGAGAUGAUGAAUGGUUUGAUUGUUCUUCAUUUGAACUCAUGUCCUAACAUUGAGUGCCUCAUAGAUACCAAAGCUCAUGAUUUUGGUGUGAUUGCUUUUGCUAAUUUGGCUGAACUACAUCUCUCUAAAGUGCGUGUUCAAGAUUUAUGUUGUGAUCCUCCACCAUCUGAAUUUUUAGAGAAAUUAGGGAUUAUGAAGUUGAAGGAGUGUCAUAGCCUAAGGAGCAUAUUAUCAAAUGGCAACUACAACUUAUGUCAUCUUAAGUCCAUGCAACUAGAAGAUUGUCCAUUGUUGACAUUAGUUUUUCAGCCAUCCGCUACUCGAAGUCUGAAGCAAUUGGAAGAAUUAACAAUGAGAAGUUGCAAUGCACUUAAAUACAUGAUAAUGGGUGAAGAUGGUGACAGUAGUAGAAAGAGUUAUUAUGACUCAUUGUUUCCAAAAUUGAAAAUGCUUCAAAUAGCAAAGUGCAACAAGUUAAGAAUAAUAUUGCCCAUCCUAUUUGUUGGAGGUCUUGCAUCUUUGGAAAAGUUAAGUAUAUGUGAGUGUCAGCAACUAGAAUACAUAUUUGAUAAGCUACAAGAGGAGGAAGAUGCUAUGCUUCCCUCACUAAGAGAGGUGCAACUUUUCAGAGUACCGAGUUUCAUUGGAGUUUUCGAAGAACAUCAACCACUUUCGAGUUCAUCACUGCAAAAACCAUCACCUCCACUUUCAAGACAUAAUCCUAACAAGAUAAAACAAAGUCUAGCUACCCAUGCUUUCUCUUGGAUUCAAGCAUAUUGUUCUCUUAAUAAAUCGGGGCAUGCCAAUGGAGAGACCAAUAUUGUUGUUUCUGAACAUAGGCCGGUUGACCACACAAUCCCACUGGUAUGCUACAUUUGCUUUACUAUUUUUGUUCAAAUGUCUCUCUAA